AUGGGUGUCGAAAACCUGGAGGAUGAGGAGGCCUAUUCCUUGCUUCCUAGGCAAGAGGCACACUCCUCUACAUGCCAAUGCUCAUCGGCAUCGCCCACAUUGACGAAGAGAGCUGUUUAUUUCAAUGUCGGCCUCUGCCUGUUUUCAUCAAUCAUCACCAUGCUCUUUGCAAUGUAUUACCUGCCACAACUUCGGAGGACAGUGUCCAAGAAUGCUCUAGAAGAGAUCACAUUCUACAGUCCCGUGCUGAACGAACUCCAGCCAAACUGGGGACCUAAAAAAUUGUCAACUUUGCCACUCGCUUCGGAGGAAUCAAUAUACCGAAGACCGCCACCUAACCCAGAGGGAGACGCGGCCUGGGAUCGAGUGUCAGACGUCGGGGUUCUGCAUGUAUCUCGCGAAGAGAUCAUACGGCUUGGGAAGGAUCCAUCUACCACAGUCAAGGCUCCCGAGAGCUGGGGCGUUGGAUCAGAUCGUCAUCUAGUUCAACUUGAUGGGAUACAUUUAGUACACUGCCUGGACAGCAUGCGAAAGAGUCUGUAUUGGAAUUACGAGUAUUACCAUCCAGACGGAAUCGCUGUCUCCUACCAUUCCCAUCUUUCGCAUUGCAUGAAUGCCCUUUUGCAACACCUCCUCUGUAAACCUAGCGUGGAAUUGAUCAGCUACAAUUGGGUCAAGGGACAGAAACACCCGUUUCCAGACUUUGACAUCAACCAUCAAUGUUGGGAUUAUGAACAGUUGCUGGCGUGGCAGGAGAGACAUCGCAUCCCGGGGAUGGAAGAAAGAUGGAGCAAGAUUACUCGUGCUGAGGACGAGAAGCUUUUAACAUGGCCAUUAUUGAUGUUGGAGGCGUACAAUGUCACGGCAGAAGAAGCAGAAGCCAUGCAUCAUUAUCGUAGCUAA